GCCAACCAAAAGCUGCCCCGAAAAGACUGGUGUUUGGCGACUUGGCCGCCGUGCAUAUAUUGAGUAUUUGGCUUUAAUUCCACAGCUACCUCAAGACUAAAUCAUGGUGAUCAAGACCGAAACCUGCGCGUUCAGCGAAAGCCGCAUCUACCCCGGCCACGGCAUCCGUCUUGUCCGCAAGGACGGCAACGCGUACACGUUGUUGAACUCCAAGUGCAAGUCUCUCUUCUUGCAACGCAAGAAGCCCGCCAAGAUCCACUGGACCCUGAGCUGGCGCCGCAUGAACAAGAAACUUCGUGUGGAAGAAUCUACCCGUCGCCGCGCUCGCAAGACCACCAAGAUCCAACGUGCCAUCGUCGGUGUCUCCGUGGACGAGCUCAAGAAGAAGCGCAACCAAAAGCCCCAACUCCGCGCUGCGGCCCGUGAUGCUGCCUUGAAGGAAGCCAAGGACCAAGCCAAGACCAAGAAGGUCGCGGCCCCUGCUGGCCAAAAGAAGCAAGUCAUCAAGAACGCUGGCCCCAAGGGCGGCAAGAAGACGGGCAACCGCGGUGCCUUGUAAGCGGUGUCAUUACUGCUUUGAAAGUUGGGUUUAGGCCUCGGAGGCUGUGGACGAUAAAACCAUAAUCCAAUGCACCCUACGCACUGGAGAAUCACUCGUCGCUCCUGCCCCCCGCUUGGAUGUUGCUUCACC